AUGGGCUUGUGUAUUUCAAAACAGGAAGGGGAACAACAUAAUACUUUAUAAAAGGAAGGAUUAUUAUAUGAUUAGGAUAAUUUUGAACAAAAUAUUGAGUAAAUCAGAAUUAGUGAUGAGGAGAAAAUAUCUAUACAAGAUUUUUAGUUUUUAUAAGUUCUUGGAAGAGGAGGCUAUGGAAAGGUUGUUUUGGUGAAUUAUAAAAGCUAACAAAAAUUAUAUGCUAUGAAAAUAAUCAGAAAAGACCUAAUUUCUUAAAUGAACUCCAGACUCUACAUGGAGACUGAGAGAAACAUUUUAGUUAUGGUCAAAAGUCCAUUUAUUGUAAAUCUGCAUUAUGCUUUUCAAACUAAGUAUAAAUUAUACAUAGUAAUUGAUUUUAUGAUAGGAGGAGAACUAUUUUAUCAUUUGAAGCGUCUUGGAAAAAUGGAAGAAUCUUGGGCCAAAUUCUAUUGCGCUGAAUUGAUAUUGGCAAUCGAAUAUUUACAUAGCAAAAAUAUCAUCUACAGAGAUCUUAAACCAGAAAAUGUCCUGUUGGAUUCUGAAGGUCACAUAAAGAUUACAGAUUUCGGAUUGUGUAAAACUGAUAUCAAGGAUGGAGAUUUCACAACGACCAUUUGUGGCACAUAUGAUUAUAUGGCUCCUGAGAUCUAUCUGAAAAAGGGACAUAAUCAAACUGCUGAUUGGUAUUCCUUAGGCGUUCUCCUGUAUGUAAUGUUACAAGGAAUUCCUCCUUUUUAUUCUUAAAACAAACGCUAGAUGAUUCGAAGUAGAUUGGAGAGGCAAAUUGAAUUCAAGACGCCCAUCUCAGAUGUUGCCUCUGAUUUAAUCAAAUAGUUGCUUAAGAAUAACCCUAAGGAUCGUUUAGGAUCUGAUGGAGUAAAUGAAAUCAAGUCUCAUCCCUUCUUCUAAGAUUUGGAUUGGGAUGAGGUAUUGCACAAGAGAUUGCCUGCUCCUUUCAAACCAAAAUUGCUUAGUGAUAGAGACUUAAGAAAUUUUGAUGAUGAUUUCACCAAGGAAACCAUUCAAGACACUCCAGUCUAGUCUAUGAUUCAAGAGGAUAUGUAUGAGUAGUUCACGUAUCAAGAACCUGAUAUGUUUGUAACUAUGAAUUAGAAUUUCUCCCUUGAUAAAUGA